CAACAACAAGUCUCGUUACAAAAUAUCUCUGCUGGCCAUGUAAAGACGCAAAAAUUGCACGAAGAUACAAACACUGCAAGGCAAUCCACCGCCAUGCCUCAGUACAAACCAGUGACGAGCUUGCAGCUCUUGACCCUAAGAACAGUGGCGCAUGCCCUCAGAAAACUGUGCUGUAACCGGAGUGUUACGCUGAAGCGUUUUGAACCCGUCAUCGAAUACGUCCAAAUGCUCCUUCCUCCGCAGAUUCAGGCGGCUGUGUGCCAUAACCUUUUGCAGGAGUCCAGUAAGUUGGUCUUUCCUGAGCUGCUCAACAACAAGUACAUCUACAUCUGCACACGACUGCAUGCAGAGUAUGUUUGGAUCAUUGACAGCCGCAACAUUGUUCCAGUGGUGGACCGGAUGGAUGGGAGAAACGUCAGGACACUCAAAAUGACAGGUCGAAAUAUGCAGCUGGACCCUGAUCUGGAGACAGCCCCAUAUAACUACCAGAAGGUCAAGAAGCUGGAGCCACUUUAUCGCUUCAUCCAAACACUCUCUGGUCUCACUGUGCUCAAGUGCUCUCAGAUGUGCAACAACUACAUGUUAGAACUUGUGUCACAAUACUGUCCUCAUCUUGAGGAGUUGAGGGUCGAAAUGUGCUCAAAUGUGGAUGAUGAAGGGGUCUUCCACAUAGCAGGACACAUGCCCACACAUGAUACAUACUUGCAGAUCCAGAAUGGGGUACGCAUACGUUCCACCUCGGUCUGCACAAAGUUGAAGAAAGUCAGCCUGGCAUACACCCUAGCAUGCACUGCUAGUGCUGUUGUGCUAUUGCAUUUUUGUCCAAACAUUGAGGAACUUGUUGUAACACCUUAUGUGAACAUAGGAGAUGUAUUUACAACAUUACAUGGUACAAAUCCAGACAGGUAUGAGAAUGUUAAAAGUCGAUAUGCCUUAAAAACUUUGAGCAGUUAUAUGGAACAGGAUGAAAAUGCUUUAUCACUCAUUGUGAGGACAUGCCCCAAUUUAGAAGAUGUCACUUUGAGAUGUAAUGGUGUUGAGAGGAAAGACCGGAACUUGCUUGCAAACAUCCUGGGGCUCAACUUAAGCAAGUUGAAGGUCAUGAGCUGCAGCAUGCCAGCACUUUUGUGGUAUCUGGAACAGAAAGGGGCUGGCCUGACAGAGUUGUUCAUUGAGCAUCUUAUCACAGCCCCAUCAAGUCUUACCUUCACUCGCACACACCUGCAGCAGGUCAUAGCCACGUGCCCCAACCUCAAGCAUUUCACCCUCAAGCUCUACAACAACCCCAUCCAACCGAAUGUAAGUUACUCUUCCUUUGGCUCCUGCCUCAUGUACUUCACCUCCUUGUCACACCUAACCCUUGAAGGCACCUCUGUCACCUCAGAAGACCUCUCUGUCCUGUUGGGCAAGUGCCAUAACCUCCGUGAACUGCACAUCCUCAUCCACAACCUGGACAUCCUCGAUGACCAUGUCUUGUCGGACCUGCUUGCAUCAGGCAGCUUGCGAGGCCUACACACCCUCUAUCUGGACCGCCCAAUGCUCACCCUGGCAGGGCUAAGAAGGCUCUUCGAGGAAUGUCCUGAACUCCACACUGUUGGCCCUUUGUCCUCGUGGGCCAUCUCCAAGAAGGACAGGGAAGAGCUUGCAAGGGAAAUCAGGGCCAAGAACUGGGACCUGAACAUUGAGAGUCCAGAAAUGAUGCAGUUGUUUAUUCUCUGAAAAGGUGAAGAAUGGUAAAGAACAAGGUGAUAUUUCUUUUAGGAGCUCUGCUGUACUAGAGACUGAAGAACAGAUUGUUACAUUUUACUGAUUUGCAGGUUUAUUUCUCUCAUUAAAUGAGAAAAAAUAUAAAAGUUGUCUCAUGAUGAGUAUAAUCAGAUUAACAUAGAUUUUUUA